AGUUGAUCCAUUUGGAUGGUGCAAUGCUCUACGGUCCAGGCGUUCAAGGAUUGACGAGUCGACAAGCCAACACAGUUGUGGCUGUAGAACGUUGAUGUUGAAACAUUCUAUAUAUGUUGUGAAUAAUCCUGUCUUCUUUUCGUCCGGAGAUGGUGGCAACAUCUGGAGCAUCGGGAACGCGACCAAACGCGGUCAUCCUUUCCCUGUCAGUAUAUAGAAGGUUGUCUUGAACUUGUCUUCGUCUCUAUUCAUUACAACGCAUCACCGUUUUGAUAUCCUCUAUAUUCCAAAAGAAUUGCUGUCGAGUUAAAGAGGUUUAUAUCAAAGAUGACGAUCGACUCAUCUUCGUCGGUAAACCUGUCUGCAGGUUACCGACUGAGACAAUUCAAUGGCACGAUUGUGUUCAUCAUGCUAUAUAUGUGCUCCUGUGCCUUCAACUUUGGCUAUGAUGUUGGCAACUUUGGCGGAGUCCAGGGCAUGCAGAGCUUUGGCAAGCGAUUCGGCGAAUGUAAUGCAACAACAGGCGUCUGCAAGCUGCCUCCAUGGUUGUCCUCCCUUAUGACGUCCCUUCCCUUUCUCGGGAAGGCUCUAGGUGCCAUUGCUUGUGGACCGAUUGCCGAGCGAUUUGGACGCAAGAAGUGCGUCUUGGUCUUGGCUUGUUUAUCAUUCAUUGGCGUUCUAUUACAGACGACAGCGAGGACAAGCGCACAAUUCACUGUUGGCAGAUUCGUAAGCUUCGGCAUGACGGGUAUGACUAUUGUGGUUGUCCCGAUUUACCUGGCCGAGACAUCACCCAAAGUUUUACGUGGCAUGAUGACGUCUACAUUGCAGCUCAUGAUUGUAUUCGGCCAGCUGGUAGCCUCAUUGGUUACAUACGGAACGCAGCAUAUCUCAGGUGAUAAAGGCUGGCAGAUUCCCGUCGGCCUGCAAUUCAUUGCCCCAGCAGUCAUCGUAGCGUUGCUACCGCUGGUCCCUGAAUCACCUCGAUGGCUUUUGACUCGAAAUCGAAUCGAGGAAGCAAAGGCUUCUCUUCGAAGAAUAUACAAAAAUCAUAGCGAGACCGAACUUGACCAGGAGAUUGACAUUUUACGCCAUGCUCAUUCUACAGAAGAAAAGGGCUCAUGGGCGGAGGUUUUCAACAAAGACAACAGAAAGCGUACCAUGGUUGCUGUGAUUGCCAUGUUUGGCCAACAGAUUACCGGCCAGGCAUUUUCCAGCCAGUACUCUGUUGUAUUCUACCAGUCAGAAGGAUAUAAGAGCCAGGCUUUCCUGUUCAAUAUUUUAAGCAAUGUCUCGGGUCUUGUCUGCCUAAUAGCUACCUGGUUUAUCAUCGACCAAGUCGGAAGACGACCGAUGCUGAUGACUGGUGGAUCAGGAAUGGCUAUCUUCCUCUUUGUUGUUGGCGGUGUUGGAGUCGUUAAAAACCCCAGCAAUUCUGAGAGAGGAGGAUUGGUGGCAUCUUUCAUUUUAUUCACUUGCUCUUACAACCUUUCUUGGGCACCUGUUUCAUACGUGGUGGUAUCUGAAGCAGCUUCUACCCGUGUGAAGGAAAAGACAAACCUCCUGGCCUCUGUUAUUUCUAUCAUUACCACAUUUGUGACCUCGUUCACUAUUCCGUAUUUGCUUAAUGCGCCGUAUGCAGCACUGGGGGCCAAGGUUGGCUUUAUCUACGGUGCUAUCAAUGUGUUGAUGGUUAUCGUGGCCUACUUCUUUAUUCCAGAGAUGAAAGGGCGAAGCCUGGAAGAAGUUGAUGAACUGUUCGCGUCAGGCGUACCGUUUCGAAGCUUUAGCAAAGCCACAACAACCCCCACAGCCACAUAUAUUGAAGACAUUGCUAGGAAAGAGCCGGCUUCUGGGGAGGCUUAGAAUGCGCUGCAUUCGAUAAUAGUGGAUAAUUAGUGAGAAGGAGGCAAUCCUAAAGUUAAAUCAAGUUAAUAUAGUCAGCGU